UCCCAGGGCGGAGGAGAAGUAGGAGGCGUUGGAAGGGAGGGAGGGAAAGGGGCAUCUGGAAGCUGGGUGUCUCUUCUCUCCACUGGAUUUUCCCAUGAGCUGUGAGUGAGCCGGUUUGGGCUGGGCUGGGCUGGGCUAGGCUGAAGCUGGGGCUGGGGCGGGGUGGGGGGGCCUCUCCAUGGUACAAAAGACCAGUAUGUCUCGGGCCUCUUAUCCACCCACCCAGGAUAUCCCGAUGGAGGUCUUCGACCCCAGUUUACAGCAGGGCAAAUACAGCAAAAGGAAGGGACGCUUUAAACGCUCUGAUGGCAGCACCUCCUCUGAUACCACAUCAAACAGCUUUGUGCGACAGGGCUCUGCAGAGUCCUAUACCAGUCGGCCCUCAGACUCAGAUGUAUCUCUGGAGGAGGACAGGGAAGCCUUAAGGAAGGAGGCAGAGCGUCAGGCAUUGGCACAGCUUGAGAAAGCUAAGACCAAGCCAGUGGCAUUUGCUGUGCGGACAAAUGUGGGCUAUAAUCCAUCACGAGGGGAUGAGGCACCUGUUCAGGGCAUGGCCAUCACCUUUGAACCCAAGGACUUCCUGCACAUCAAGGAGAAAUACAAUAAUGACUGGUGGAUAGGCCGGCUGGUAAAGGAAGGCUGCGAGGUAGGCUUCAUCCCCAGCCCCGUCAAACUGGACAGCCUACGGAUGGUUCAGGAACAGAAGAUGCGUCAGAAUCGUCUCAGUUCCAGCAAAUCAGGCGACAACUCAAGUUCCAGUCUGGGAGAUGUCGUGACUGGCACCCGAAGACCCACGCCGCCAGCCAGCGGUAAUGAUAUGACUAACUUAGCUUUUGAGUUAGAUCCCCUAGAAUUAGAGGAGGAGGAAGCCGAGCUCUACGACCACACUGGCUCCCCUAAGCCUAGUGUUAGCAGUAUCACCACCCCGUCUCCUCAUGGCAAGCGAAUCCCCUUCUUUAAGAAGGCGGAACAUGUCCCCCCUUAUGAUGUGGUACCUUCCAUGAGGCCCAUUAUCCUGGUGGGACCAUCACUCAAGGGUUACGAGGUCACAGAUAUGAUGCAGAAAGCUUUAUUUGAUUUCUUAAAGCAUCGAUUCGAUGGCAGGAUCUCCAUCACUCGGGUAACAGCAGACAUCUCUCUUGCCAAGCGUUCUGUCCUCAACAACCCCAGCAAACACAUCAUUGUUGAGCGUUCUAACACUCGCUCCAGUCUGGCUGAGGUACAGAGUGAAAUUGAAAGGAUCUUUGAGUUGGCCCGGACCCUACAACUGGUUGCCCUGGAUGCUGAUACCAUCAACCAUCCUGCUCAGCUGGCCAAGACAUCACUGGCCCCUAUCAUCGUUUACAUCAAGAUUACCUCCCCCAAGGUACUCCAGCGGCUCAUUAAGUCCCGAGGAAAAUCUCAGUCCAAACACCUUAAUGUUCAGAUAGCAGCGUCAGAAAAAUUGGCACAAUGCCCGCCUGAAAUGUUUGACAUCAUCCUGGAUGAGAACCAACUGGAGGAUGCCUGUGAGCAUCUGGCAGAAUACCUGGAGGCCUAUUGGAAAGCUACCCACCCACCUAGUAGCACACCACCCAACCCACUGCUCAACCGUACCAUGGCCACAGCAGCUCUGGCUGCCAGCCCUGCCCCUGUCUCCAACCUCCAGGGAGCAUACCGCGUGCCUGGGGACCAAGCACCUGAGCGGGCAGUGGGAGAGCGUGCCAGCUUACAUGAGUACCAGGGUGAGCCCCAGGGCCACCACACCGGCAGCAGCCACCCUCCGGGCCGGGCGGGCACUCUUCGGUCACUGUCCCGCCAGGACACUUUUGAUGCUGAUGCCUCAGGCAACCGUAACUCUGCCUACAUUGAGCUGGGGGACUCUUGUGUUGACAUGGAGACUGACCCCUCUGAGGGCCCGGGGCCCGGAGACCCCGCGGGGGGCAGCUCUCCCCCAGCCAGACAGGGAUCCUGGGAGGAGGAAGACGAAGAAGAGGAGCUUCCGGACAACCGAAAUCGGGCCACGCCCCGGGGCCCUGCCAAACCUCAGUAUUGUCCAGAAGGGGGCGGGACCAUGCUGGGCCGGAACAAGAACGAGCUGGAGGGCUGGGGGCGAGGAGUUUACAACCGCUGAGGUUGGGGGGCAGGGUUGGGGAGGAGAUAGGUUUCUAGGUAAGGAAAGAGGGCAAACACUGACUAACCUGGGGAGCUAGGAGAAACGCGGGGUGGCUCAUCGCCUGGGGGCAUCACGGCACCCUACGGAGGAGAGAUUGCUUUCCCUCUGGGUGGGAGGGUAUCUGGCCUGGAGGGCUGGCUGGGGUGGAACUAUCCUCACCCCUGAAGAGGUUAUCUUGAAGCCACUCCUCGCCCUUCUUGGGGGAUCUCUCACCCCCUGGGAUGCCUUUACUCUUUCUUUAGAAGAGUAUAUAGGUAUCGAGUAUUCUCCAACUACUCUGUGGGGUGUGACCUCACUUCCCAAAGGCCGGGGGUGGGGUGAGGGGUGGGGAUGACCCUUGGGGAGAGUCUCACUUCUUGGGGGAUAACCCUGCCCUUCUGGUAUGCCUUUUGCUCACUCUUGUGAGCGUCCCAUCCUCGGGGGAAGUAGGGGGAAAGGAGGGGAGGGCAGGGCGGUUAGCACCCAUUCCCCUAAGGAGAGGUGGGUCACCUGAGGGAAUGAGCUAAAUGCCCUUCCCUUUUUCCCAUUAGGGCGUUUUCUCCCCCAAAGGAAGGGGAAAUUCAUUAACCCUUUCAGCCCCAGGUCAUAAUAGAAAGUCCCAAUAGGGUUGGCUCUUCCACUUCCUGCCUACCCUAGGAGAGCUGGGAUGGAUGGGGAAGAAGGGUACUUCCUGGAUUGAGAAAUGCACAGAACAACCUUUCCAUGAGACCUAUCUCCUCCCUUGAGCCCUACACCCAGCGCCUUCCUCAUCCUCCGGUUUCUUGGCAGCUUUGUUAGGAGUUCGGGGUUAAAAGGACUGAGCUCUGAGCUGGGUCCUGUUCAUUAUGGUGGGGAGGGGUCUUGGGUGUGAGUGCGUAACCAGCAUCAAAUUCAAAUUCACGAUCACGGGAUCACAGAUCCCAAGGUGGGGGGAGGUUGGGGUUUGGGCCCAGUGCCUCAAACACUGAGGGAGGAGGAAGAUGGGAACCUCCCCCUUUCUUGGGGCUCAUCUGUCCACCUCCAUGCUUCAGCCUCUGUCCCCUAUCCCAUGACCUUUGCUUCCUAUUGCCAGUACACUUUACUCUUGCCAAGCCUAAAGGAGAGGAGUCUCUCUCCUCUCUCCAUACCCUUAACUCCAUGCCACUGUGGUAUGGUACCCAUGGUAGGCUGUUCCCUGCCUCUUCUGGAAACCAAAAAACUGUUUUCCCUAUUCUUGCCCUGGAGACCAGUUCUAUUUCCCUGGCCCAGGCUUAGCAAGAAGAGAGGCCAAGACCUUGGCUGGCAUUGGGGUAGUGCCCUCACCCUAUGGGCAUUGCCCCAUACUGACCUCAGCUUCUCCCUUUGGAGCCCCCUGCUCGCUGCUGCUCUGUGUCUGCCUCUUGUGUUAUUAACUCCAUCUCCAAGUCCUCAAUGCUCUGAGGAGAGGCUCCAGGCCUCCUUGAGACCAUCACCGUCUCCCAUCCCACUUAGGGUUGUCAUCUUGACUUGGUAUUUGUAUUACCCCCCAGCUCUCUCCAGGGAAGAGAACCAUUUGUGCCAAUGAGGUCUGGGCCCUGCCUGCCUCAGGGAUGGGCACCAUCAUGCCUGUCUCACCACCUCCUGUGCCAACUUUGUCCCCAACCCCUCACUCUCUUGGGGGGUAGGUAGGGACAUAGCUUCUACUCACCUGUUGGAAGACACCACUGCCCGGCCUCUCCCCCUUCUUUCUGUCCCUCCUCCUUCAGGACAUUUUUCCCUCCCAUCUCUUGGUUGAGUAUUUUGCCAGAUAUAUAUUUCAAACAAACAAACAACCCCCUCCCCAACCCCUGUCCUAUCCCCAAGCCUGGUCCUUUUUCACCACCAUGCAUGUGGGAGCAGGUGCGUGCAUGGACAUACUUGUGAGCUGACAUGCAUGGGAGAGGGAGGGGGUGCGUGGGACCAAUAGUUGGCAGGGGGAGGGGUGGGAGCUAUGAAUAAAAAGUGCCAGAGCUGUUGAUUCAAA